CUUCAAAGUUCAAACGCUUCAAACAAACUAUGAUUUGUUGACAAACAUUAUGUUGUUCCAGAGCAUUGUUUGUUAUCCCUCUGGCUUCGUUACAGUGAUUUCACAUUAAAUAGGUUUUUGUAUGAAAAUAAAUGAUGAACUUCGAGCAGAUUUGUCGCCUUUGUGCGACGGAAAAUGCAGAACUGACCAGUAUAUCCGGUGACGAACGGCACGCUCGACUUCCGGAGCAGCUUUGCAUCAUGUUGCAAAUUCAGUACGACGAGAAUGAUGGUCUCCCGCAGAAGGUCUGCGCAUCAUGCGUCAUGGAAAUGGAUCAAAUGCAAGUAACCUGGGAUAAGUUUCGCAGCAACGAUGUACUGCUACGGCAACAGCUUCUCGGUUUUGAGGAAAUCGAAGUCAAGGAUGAAGAGCUGACCGAUUGCGGAUCUGCACUGGUGACAUGUAGUUCACAGAAUGGGAGCAUGGAAGUGUUGGAACAACACGAUGAACAACAAACCGAUCAUCAAAAUGAAGAAUGGCUUGAAGAAGAUUCCAUAGACGAAGACGAUCUCAUUACGCAAGAUGGAGGAAGUGAUUGCAUAUCCGUCACCGAAGAAGCCAAGCUGAUGCAAACGUUCGAUUUUACAGCCAGUUCAGAGACCAUGUCCUUGAAAAAGAAACGCGGGAGACCCAAGCUAACAGAAGAACAAAUACAAUGGCGUAAAGAAGCGAAAAUCUCGAAAGAUCUGAACAGAACUCGUUUGAACGAUUUCAGUUGUUACAUCUGCAAGUGCAAACAGCUAGAAUCGGCAAAGGCACUAUUGGACCACCUCAGCGAACAUUCCGACAUGUUGCCAUACACAUGUAAAAUAUGCGUUCAAGAAACAGUCGAAAUCAAGCAAAUGCGCUCUUUGAACAUUCAUCUGCGCAUGCAUGAGCAACCAUUGAAAUGUCCCUACUGCGACCGCCGAUAUGCCGAACAGCGGGCCCGGGAAUAUCAUGUGCGAACGUACCAUCUAGGAGAUAAUGUACCGUGCCCUUCAACGUGCGAUAUCUGCGGUACAGUUUGUGCAUCAGUGCUGGCUCUACGAACGCACAUGAAACGACACACCCACUCAUAUACCUGCGAUAUCUGCGGUAAAUCAUUUGCCCAAAACUCUAAGCUUAAGCGCCAUGUCACGCGGGUUCAUGAAAACACCUCUAGCCAUGAGUGCAAAAUCUGCCAGAAGCGACUAAAAACCAUCGACGCUUAUGAACUUCAUAUGCGGACGAUUCACGACGGACGUCGCGAUUUCGAAUGUCAACUUUGUGGACACCGUUUUACAACGGCUGCCUUUCUCCGGAUGCACCAGAAACAAAGCCAAGAUGGGACAACGUGCAAACCGCGAAACAAUUGGAGGACACAUUAUUCCACUCGUAUCAACGCCGAAGGAACCAAGGUGUUUUGCUGCUCGAUAUGCUCCAAGGAAUUCACUCGUUCGAUAGCCGAACACCUGCGGACACAUUUCCCUAUCGAAUACGAGUGCCCCAUUUGCCUGGCUAAAUUGCCGAACAAAACUUCGUUCGACAGGCAUCGACUGCAGCACAACGAGAUUGCCAUCAAAUGCAUCAGUUGUAAGAAAAGUUUUCUCACCGAACGAAAUCUCGCCAACCAUAUGGCCAAGAUCCAUGGGAUCGGUGAAGAAAUUGAGUCGUCCAGUUUCCCGAUGCUUCUGGACGAUGACAUAGAAUACGACGUCGAAGGUUGAAACCAGACACAGUUUAAGUGCAAAAGAAAAUUGUGAUAUACUAUACUAAUAAACAAUGGAGGUACAUAAUUAUCCAGAGUUUU